GAACUGAGCUCUGGCACGCAAAACACUAAGCCAAAUUCCGUUGUGAGCAAUUUGACCAAUUAAUUCUUUUUUAAUCCAAAAAACAAUGAAACCUCAACGGCCUCUUAUCCUCUCUCUCCUCUUCGCAGCCACUCUCUUCCACCUCCGCCCCGUUUUCGCCAAUGAAGAUACCCGAAACUCCUCCAACGCCACCGCCAAUUGUAUCGAGUUCAUCCGCACUAGCUGCGGCAUUACUCUCUAUCCCGACGUCUGUUACACUUCGCUUUCUCGUUACGCCAACGACAUUCAGCAGGACCCGGCCUCCCUCACUCGCAUCGCCAUUACCAUCAGCCUCGCCAACUCCCGUAGAAUGGCCGCUUACGUCUCCAAUUUAUCUCACGCCGGCGACUACGGCGCCGACCGUAGAGCCGCUUCCGCACUCCAUGACUGUUUCACAAACUUCGACGACGCCGUGGACGAGAUUCGUGGCUCGCUCAAGCAGAUGCGGCAGAUCAACGACGUCGAUGCACCUUCGUUUAGGUUCCAGAUGAGCAACGUGCAGACGUGGAUGAGCGCAGCGUUAACGGAUCAAGAAACGUGUACGGAUGGAUUUGAGGAUGUGGCGGAUGGACCGAUGAAGGAGGAUGUAUGUGCAAAAGCGGAGAAGGUGAAGAAGCACACCAGUAAUGCCUUAGCGCUGGUGAACAGCUUCGUGGAGAAAAGGAUUCCGUGAUCGAAUCGGUAGGUUUUCUGAAUCAAAAUUCUGAAAAAUAUAGUUGAAAAAUCUCUGGAAAUUAUAUGAAAUAGUUUGGUUCUGUAUUUAAUGAACAGUUUGUGAGAGAUAGAGAUGUAAAUUUGUUACUAGACAGAGAAACUGAAAAUUUCUUUUGGUUUUGGUUUUGGUAAUAUUUGUGUGUGGCUCUACUUUGAACUGCUCUGCUCUGUUCUGUUCUGUUCGUCGCUGUUCUGCUGGUUCCUUCUUUCAUAGUUUCAGAAUGAAAGAAAGAGAAGGAAGCAAUUCCACUUUUGUGUUAUUAAAUAUUAGUUUUAUAGUGUUCCAAGGCA